GCACGCCAGUGAAACGGCGGCAUCUUUCUCGUACAUUAUUGGUGAUAAAGGCCUCGUCACUUCAUACAUCACAAAUUGUUUGAUAAUGCAAGACGCUACGGGUGCGUCCUCCAGUCCAUUUCACGCCGCCAAAUUGAUGGAGGAGCUUCUGCGAGAGAACACGUCCCUGCGAGCCCGCCUGCACCUCUCCGAUGAGCAGCGGGUGACGCAGGAGGUGCUGCGGGAGCAGCUGCAGCAAUUUUUGCAGCGUGUGGCGGAGGAUGAAGCGCGAGCGAGUCAGGUGGUGCGGAACGGCUCCGCGCAGCGUGAUGAGGGAAGUCCAACGGAGGACGGCUCUCCUUCCUCUCCUCUGCCGGAUGAAGGAGCGGAAGCGUUCGCCGGGUCGUCGCCGUCGUUGACGCAGACGGUAUCGGUCGUUCUUCGACAAAUGCAGCAGGGAAAGCAGCAGGCGGAGGAGGCUUUAGAGAAGCUGCAGAGCCAGACCGUCGCUCCCUUGCACGCGCAGCUGGAAGCGGCAGAGAGUGAAAGGAAGCAGUUGAUGGCGCGUAUUACCGAUUUAGAAAUGUCAAUGGCCAACACCCCCCCUCCACCGCUCGUGGCAGAGCUGAAGCAGCUCCGCGAGUCAGAGGCUCUCCUUCGGCGACAGCUCCAAGAAACGCAGGAGGCCGCCGCGGGGACGGUCGGAACAUUCCGCAAGUCCAUUGAGGACAGUCUGCGCGCUGCUCGUCAAGUUCCUGAGCUACUUGGCAAGAUGGAGGCGCUCAAGGAGGAGCUGCGCAUUAGUCACAACGUACAAGCAGCGCAGCGCGUGCUGAUGGACGAGCUCGAGCGCCGUCACGGCGUGGAGCGCGAGAUUGAAGACGCUUUUCGCAAGGACGAAACGAACAUGCUGAUGGAGCGCAUUGGUCACUUAAGGGCAGAGGUGGGCGUUGCCGUGGCACGCGAGGCAGCAGUGGUGUCGGAGCGGGAUGCGAAGGACGAGCAGCUUAUUGCAGCACAGAACGAAAUAAAGAAUCUCAUACAGCUGCACAGUGAGGAGCAGCAGGCACUCGCGCAGAAGCGUCAGCGCGCCGAGCAGGACGCCAGCAGCAACCCGUCUUCCAUCCGUGGCGAAAUGACGAAGUUCUGGUACGAGGGCCGCGAUCGUAUUCGCGAGUUGGAGCGCCAGGUGCGCACACUGCAGCUCACACAGGCCGACUUGCGUGUGUCGCAGGGUCGUGUGGCACAGCUGGAGCAACGGAAGGCCGUGCUGACCGACAACCUAGCCGCCCUCGCUUCAGAGGUGGACCGCCGCCGUGACGAGGAGCGCGAGCUUCGCGCGCACUGCGCCGGCGUGGAGGCGGAGCGCGAUCGCCUGCUCACGAGUGUCGCCCUGACCAUCGCACCGGUGAUGUCGGAACAGGAGCUUCGUGCGUGCUGUGCGACGAUCCGCGAAGCAGCGACGCGUGUGGCGGCCACCAGCGCCACCGUCGUCGCCGAUCCACACGCGAUUGAGGAAGCGCUCCGGCGCUCGCAGAAGCUGAAGAGCGAGGUGGCACAGCUGCAGCGGCAAAAGGACCAGCUGCAGCGCUUCCUGCAACUCCGCGAGGACCGCGUGCGGGCACUCAUGGAGCAGGAAGCCCUCAUCCUGUACGAGCAGCAGCAGCGACUCUCCUCGGCCCCCAACUCCCCACUGUUGCAAAGCAAAGCAAGCGAGCCGUCUUCGGGUGUUAGUGCUGCUGCUGCGAUGGCGUCUUUUUCGCUGCCACAGUUUUUGGAGUAUCUUCGCCAAGGAGCCAACGAUGUCUUCUUACUGAACGAGGUCGCCGCGGCGCGAGGAGUGGCGAAUGCGGGGUUGAAGAAGGGCGCCGUGAAGAGCAGCAGCGGAGGUGCCGAGGCUGCCAGUGGGGGUGACAAUUCUGUUGCACCGCAUCGCAACUCCUUUGUGGCGCUGCAGCAGCAAUUUCAACAGAGCCAAGAACGCUUGUUAGCGUCGCAUCGGGAGCUGCUCGAGACCCGGAAUGAGAACCGACGUCUUCAAUCGGAGGUGGAGAGAAGCCAGCAGGAGCACGCGGCGGCACUCACUUCCCAAGAGGAGGCCAGACGUGCAGUAGAGGCUGCCAACGCCGCCCUGACAUACCGCACGAAAACGCUAGACAACGAACUGCAGGCGAUGCACAAGCACUACACCGCAGCGGUGGAGAUGGUGCGCACCACCUUGGAAGGUCUGUGCACCACGUUGCAGCUCUACCACCAGUCCGAGCAGCACACGGAGACGCUGCGGGAGAUGGUGCAGGCGGAGCGCCGUGACAUGGGCGAUCUCUUGCGGCGUGAGGCGGCGUCGUGGGGCGCUGCGCACGGCGGCGAAGGCGACGCACAGGAGGCGGAACACUCCGCCGCCGCCGACAAAAUCACUGCUGCCUUGCGCCAGAUGCAGACGUACAUGACAGAGGCGAUACAUCAAACCACACUGCAGGCGAGCCGGGAUCAGACCAGCUACAUUGGCCAGCUCGUCCAGGCGAUCCAGGAGCAAGAGGAGCGGGUGAAGACGGCGAAGGCCGCCUUCGAGGCAUCCGCGCAAGCGCAGGCGAGCAGCCUGGUGGAGCGCAUCAGUGCGGCGCAGCAGCAGUGGGAGUCGACGUGGAAGGCGAAGUACCAGGCGAUGGAGGCAGAGCGGACGCAGAGUGUCAUGCAACAGCACGCCAGUGUCGUGUUGCAGCGGGCACUGGAGCAGGCCGUCGUCGCACCUGCGCACGGUGGCGGCGGUAACACGGCUUCCCCUGCCGACGAUGCCCCUGUCCUUCCGGCCGAAGUGGAGGAGUCGGCGGCGCACAUGUCGGGCACGCUGCAGGCGAUCCGCAGCUUCAUUACGCAUGCCCGUCAGCGUCAGGAGCAGCAGCAGCGAGAGGAGCUUCAGCGCCUCCAGCAGCAGCAGCGACAGCAGCAAGAACACGCCGCUGUCGCUGCUGCUGCUGCGACUGCUGCGAUGCCACCGCCGCCGCCGCUCUCGUCGGUGUCCGUUGCCGCACCCACCUCCGCCGCUUCCACAACCUCCCCUCUCACCCCAGCCUCUCCCGCGCCGUCGCUUGUCCCUGGCGUCUCGGCCACUCAACUCCCUCCAGCGUCCGCGUCUGUGGCACCUGCACCUGUUGCCGCGAUAUCACAGCCGAACGGGGCCUCCGCAGCUUCGCACGCUUCUGCUGGACCUGAGGCUGUGAAUGAAGAGGAAGAGGGGGAGGUAAAGCCAGCGACGGUGCCGAUCGAAGCUGAGCACGGUGUGAGCGAAGCCGCCCCGGUAGAUGAGGAGCAGCUGCGCGAGGAAGAACAGCGGUCUCCUUUGACGCCAGCGUUCACGUCCAUCGUCGCCGAAGCUACGACGGAGCCGGAGGCGGUGACCACCGCCGCUGCGCACAUCGAUGCGUCGGCCAAUGAAGAAGAUGCGCCAACGCCCACGUCGUCACCGCAGUAG